UUAUCAAACUCCAGUGGUCUCAUCUUCCUCAACGAAAAAAUGAAACCUUUUUCCCUCACGUUACCUGCAUUUUGCUUUACAUGCCUUCCACCUAUUUCUUCUCUUUACUUUGGACUCACUCUGGUUUGGCCAAAACACAAUUGCCUCUCCAGCAGCAGGAAACCACACAGACCAUUUGGCAUUGCUCAGAUUCAAGGAAUUAGUAUCCAAUGACCCGUAUGGAAUCUUGUUCUCUUGGAAUAGUUCUACUCACUUUUGCAACUGGCAUGGAAUCACAUGCAGCCCAAUGUACCAAAGAGUUACCGAGUUGAACCUAGAAGGUUAUCAAUUACGUGGGCUCAUAUCUCCACUAGUUGGCAAUCUCUCUUUUCUUAUAAACCUCAAUCUUGGAAACAACAGCUUCUACGGAAAAAUCCCACAAGAAAUGAGUCGAUUGUUACAAUUGCAGCAACUCUCUCUCAUCAACAACUCGUUAACUGGGGGAAUUCCUACAAACUUGACCAGUUGCUCUGAUCUCAAAGAGAUACUCUUAUCUGGGAACAAUCUGAGUGGCAAAAUACCAAUUGAAAUUUCCUCUCUUAGAAAACUUCAACUUUUUGUUGUUCAAGAAAACAAUUUAAUAGGAGGAGUCCCACCCUUCAUAGGGAAUCUUUCAUCCCUAACAGUUCUCUUGAUGGGUGAUAAUAACUUAGAGGGAGAUAUUCCAAAUGAAAUAUGCCUCCUCAAAAACUUGACAGCUAUAUCAGUUUCUGUUAACAAAAUGUCGGGUACAUUUCCAUCUUGUCUUUACAAUAUGUCAUCUCUUACUUUAAUCUAUGUUGGACAUAACCAAUUUAAUGGCUCUCUUCCACCCAACAUGUUUCUCACCCUUCCCAAUCUCCAAGUAUUUAAAAUUGCUAGGAAUCAAAUCUCAGGUCCAAUCCCCACUUCCAUUGCAAAUGCUUCUGCCAUUCAAUUACUUAAUAUCGCUCAUAACAAUUUCAUGGGCCAAGUUCCGAAUAUAGGGAAGCUAAUAGAUCUGUAUUACCUAGGUUUGUCUGAAAACAAUUUAGGUGACAAUUUAACUACAGAUUUGGAGUUUUUAAAAUCAUUAACAAACUGUAGUAAGUUGCAACAUUUUGGUAUAGCCUACAAUAAGUUUGGAGGUCGUUUGCCAAAUUGCUUGGGCAAUUUAUCCUCCCAACUUAAUCAAUUAUAUCUUGGGGGUAAUCAUAUAUCAGGACAAAUUCCAGCAGAAUUAGGAAAUCUAUUAAGCUUAAUUAUCUUGACCAUGGAAAAGAACCGUUUUGAGGGGAUUAUUCCAUCUUCUUUUGCAAAGUUUCACAAUAUGCAACGUUUAAAUUUGGGUGGAAACAAGCUGUUAGGAGAUAUACCACCCUUCAUAGGCAACCUCAGUUUGUUAUAUUAUUUGGCUUUAGACCAAAAUUUGUUAGAAGGAAAUAUUCCUACAAGUAUAGGGAACUGUCAAAUGUUGCAAGUUCUAGACCUUUCCCGAAAUAACCUUAGAGGAACCAUACCCUCAGAGAUUUUUAGUCUUUCCUCUUUAACAAAUUUACUAGACUUGUCACACAACUCAUUGAGUGGUAGUCUACCAUAUGAAGUGGGCCAAUUGAAAAAUAUUGAAGUGUUAAAUGUCUCUGAGAAUCAUCUGUGCGGUAAUAUUCCUGGAACAAUUGGAGAAUGCUCAAGCUUGGAGUACCUUUAUUUGCAGGGGAAUUCCUUCCAUGGAAUCAUACCAUCCUCUUUGGCUUCACUAAAAGGUCUUCGAUAUUUAGACCUAUCACGAAAUCACUUGUCUGGAUCAAUUCCUGAUGUUCUGCAGAAUAUUUCUUUCUUAGAAUACUUAAAUAUAUCAUUUAACAUGUUGGAUGGUGAGGUACCAACUGAAGGUGUCUUUCGAAAUGCAAGUGAGUUAGCAGUGACUAGAAACAACAAGCUUUGUGGAGGUGUUUCAGAGCUGCAUCUACCCCUAUGCCCUGUCAAAGGUGAGAAACAUGCACAUCACCACAAUUUCAACUUGAAGGUUGCGAUGUUUAGUGUAUUCAUUUCUUUUCUCAUACUAUUAUUUAUUCUCACUUUCUACUGGAUGAGGAAAAGAAGUAAAAAACCAUCUUCUAAUUCACCAACAAUUGACCAGCUGGCCAAGGUUUCAUACCAAAACCUACACCGUGGAACGGAUGGGUUCUCAAUAAGAAACUUGAUAGGACUCGGAAGUUUUGGCUCUGUGUACAAAGGAACUAUUGAGCCAGAAGACACAAUUGUUGCUAUAAAGGUCCUAAAUCUUCAAAAGAAUGGAGCUCAUAAGAGUUUCAUUGCUGAAUGCAAUGCACUCAAAAAUAUUAGGCAUCGAAAUCUAGUUAAGAUUUUAACAUGUUGUUCCAGCACAGAUUUCAAAGGUCAAGAAUUUAAAGCUCUAGUUUUUGAGCAUGUGACAAAUGGAAGCUUAGAAAGUUGGUUGCAUCCGGCAACAGAAAUAGCAGAUCAACCUAGAUCACUGAACCUUGAGGAAAGGUUAAAUAUUAUUACUGAUGUUGCUUCAGCAUUUCAUUAUCUUCACUACGAAUGUGAGCAGGCUGUCAUCCAUUGUGAUUUGAAGCCUAGCAAUGUUCUUCUUGAUGAUUGCAUGGUAGCUCAUGUGAGUGAUUUUGGCCUAGCAAGAUUACUCUCAAGUGUUGGAGUAUCUCUGAUGCAAAGUAGCACAAUUACAAUAAAAGGGACUGUUGGUUAUGCUCCUCCAGAGUAUGGAAUGGGUUCCGAGGUGUCAAUUGAAGGCGAUAUGUAUAGUUUUGGAAUUCUGAUUUUACAAAUGUUAACUGGAAGAAAACCCACAGAUGAAAUGUUUAAAGAUGGUCAUACUCUCCACAAUUAUGUUAAAAUUACAAUAUCCAAUAAUUUUGUGGAGAUUGUAGACCUAACUAUUCUCCAUAAUGAAUUAGAACGGACUACUGAUAAUAAGAACCUGGGUCUUGUGCAUCCGAGUGUAGAGACAUGUUUACUCUCUCUUUUUAGGAUUGCACUUGCUUGUUCAAUGGAAUCACCAAAAGAAAGAAUGAAUAUGAUUAAUGUCACCAAGGAACUUAAUCUGAUCAAAUCAUUUUUCCCUUAUGAGAUUUAGUGGAGGCGAGUUGCUUUACAACCAGACAACACUUGAUGAAGAGGAGCCACCUUACUAUUGCUAUCAAUUAAUACUAGCGGAUGUUUUAUAUACUUUCUUAUUCCUGCUAUUUAUUAUCUAAAUGU